AUGAGAUCACAUAACGGUUCUAGGACUCUUCCCCAGCGCACGGUGCACAAGGCGCCCAGGAUCAGAAAACAUAGGAGUGCGCGGUCGCAGACGCACCGCCAAAUGCACUACGCACCCGAGCAGCCACGGCAGGGCGUGCUGGUGGACGAGCGGUUCGGCGACGUGCUGCCGCAGCAACCCGCAGGGGUGUUCUUCCUUGUAGAGGUGCACACGGACUCUCCGGGGCUCACGCCGCAUGAGAUCGUGGAGCCCGGCGCGGAGCGCGAGGGCUCACGCGUGGAGCUCGAGGCCGAGGAGGUGCUGGGCACGGGCGCGGGCGCCGACGAGGACGAGGACGUGGAGAUGCGCGACGCCUGA